UCUUUGGACCAUUUCAAUCAUAAUUAAUGUUUAAUUGUUAUUAGUCAAUAUAAAACUUUCGAUAACUAAUUAACCAUACAAAUCAAUAUGAAUUUCUCAUUCUUCUUGAUUUCCGUUCUCUGUGUUUCAACCAUUGGAGCUGCUCCAUUUGGCAACCCUGAUGAUGUAAAAAAGUUCGUUAAAGAAUUUGUUAACAAUUUUGAAACCACAACUCAAGGCUGGAAAAUUGAUAGUUCACUCGAACACAAUGUAAUCCAACAAAUUGAACAACGAUUUGAUGAUGGAUAUACUCCUGACUGGAAUCCUCAGCUAAGUGAUAAGGAGAAUCUUGUCAAUUUAAUUAUCAAUUACGGUAGAGAUCAAGACCUCCCAUAUCCAGGAAUAACUCAAAACUCAACUCUCUACGAAGUUAUUGAAGUUAUACCAAAAUAUUUCCCUAUUAUCGAGUUAACCGACGAACAAGCAGCGCUAGUUGCUCAAGUUAUUAUUGAUGUAAUCGUUCAACUCCAAAUUCGAGGUCUGAACGUAUAUAAACCUCUUCGAGUUAACGUCGAAACAAUUGUCGCUAAUUCUAUUGAUGAAAAAUCAGAGAAGACAAACUCAGGAGUUUUGGAAGCUUCAUUUGAAGAGGUAAUCACCAAUGCCGCUAUAAAUGCUCUUAAGUUAUUCCAAUUCGAAGGAUACUCAUCGGAAUCAACUCUACAUGAUAAUGUCAAUACUUUUCUUGAUGAAUUUUCUUAUUAAAACUGAACGGAUAAAUCGAUAUCUAAAUAAUGAAUAAACUUUAAUUUAACUUUCA